UCCUCUCGCCUCCCCCUCUCUCUCCAGGAGCGAGUGAGGAGGAAGCAUAGGAUGAACUCCAUGACCUGAGAGUUCAGAGUCCUACGCCCGACCAGAGAAGAGAGACCGGAGAGAGAGACCGGAGAGAGAGACCGGAGAGAGAGCCUGGGACUGAAGGGGCUCCUAUUCGCUUCAUUCUUAACUUUCUGUUUUCAAAAUGGCGGCAACUGAAGCCAGCGCGGCUCCGGUUGUCCAGGAAGAUGGAAAGGCGGCAGAAACCACGGCAACAGAGCAGGAAACCAAGGCAACGGAAGCGGAGCCGGUUGUCCCCGCCCCCUCAGAGACUGUGAGCGACGAGAAGGCGGGAAAGGAUGGGGAGGUCGCCGCCGGCAACGCCACAGAGAACAAGGAGACGGUGGCCAACGACACGGCAGCGGGAGGAGGCGAAGAAGGAGCAGGUGAGGAGGCCCCCCCCUCCUCAGAGAACCCCCCCUCCUCCACAGAGCCCAAGACCUCCUUCCUCGACUCCUUCCUGAACAAGAGCGGCCUGGGCAAGGUGAUGAGCAGGAAGAAGAAGGAGGAGGAGCCCGGAGCCGACAAGGAGCCGGAGAAAGGAGAGGAGGCAGCGCCGGGGGCCGAGGGAGGGGCCGAGGAGAACGGGGAGAAGGGGGAGGAAGAGGAGAAGAAGGAGGAGGAGGAGGAGGAGGAGGAGAAGAAGGAGGAGGAGAAGAAGGAGGAGAAGAAGGAGGAGAAGGCCAGGUCCUCCGUGAGGGACAUGAUCCGUAACCCGGUGGCCCGCAUGUUCUCCCACCGCAGCACGGACAAGAAGGAAGGAGGCGCAGAGGACGCGCAGCCCAAAGGCCUGACGGUCCGCUCCCGGUCCCUGGACCGCCUGGAGCCCCCAGAGGAGGCCCCGGCCGCCUCCUCCUCCGACGCCCCGCCCCCCGAGGGAGGCGCCGAGGAGGAGCAGAAGGCCUCCGCCGCCGCCGCCACCUCCUCCACCAAGCACAUGAAGCGCUGGCACUCCUUCAAGAAGCUGAUGGCGCAGAAGGCCCACAGGAAGGGCGGGGCGGGCUCGGUGGGGGAGGAGGUGAGGGAGGAGGAGGGGGAGGGCGGGGGCGACUCCUCCACCCUGGACUCUAAGGAUUCGGGGCAGAAGCGCUGGAAGCUGAAGCGGUCCUGGACCUUCCAGGGCCUGAAGAGGGACCCCUCCAUGGUGGGGCUGAGCAGCAAGGCCAAGGAGCCGGAGGAGCCCCCCGCCGAGGGGGAGGGCGCUGAGGGGGAGGGCGGGGAGGGGGCCGAGGAGAAGGUCGACGGGGAGGAGGAGGCCCCGGGGGAGGGCGGCGAGGAGAAGGAGGCGGGGGCGGAGGAGGCCAAGGCGGAGGGCGGGGCGGAGGAGAAGGCGGGGGCGUCGGGCGGGACGGUCGGCCAGCACGCCAACGAGAUCUGGACCUCCUUCAAGAAGCGCGUCAUCCCCAAGUCCAAGCGGCCCGCCGCGGAGAGCGCCCCCGCAGGAGAGGAGGAGCCCGCCGCCACCGCCGCCGCGCCAGCAGGUGAGGAGGCUGAGGAGGGGAAGUGUGCGACGGCCAAGCGCUCCAAAAUCGGCCGCGCCAUGUCCCUGAAGAACUUCAUCAUGAGGAAGGGCAAGACCUCCAGCGUGGAGCUGGGCGAGGGCGCCAAGGAGGAAGGGGGCGAGGGCAAGGAGGAGGAGGGAGGAGACACCGCCGCCAAGGAGGGGGAGGAGCCAGCGGUCGCCGGAGAGGCGGUCCCCGCGGCGGCGGCGGAAACCAACGACGCGCCCGCGUCAGCGGAGCAGGCGGCCGACGAGGCGGCUAAGGAGGCGGAGCCGGCCAAGGAGCUGGAGCCGGCCAAGGAGGCGGAGCCCGAGAAGCCGGCGAAGGCGUCCGAGACCCCGGUGACCAACGGGGAGAACGGCUGCACCAACGGCGACGAGCACGGGACUCACAAUCACCAUGACGACGAGCGGGAGGCGGAGCCCAGCCCGAUGAAGAAGGGCAAGGAGGAGCCUAAGGCCCAGAUCAUCAGCAGCAGCGCGCCCCUCAGCGACCAAAAGGCGGGAAACGUGUGAGGCUACAAAGAGGAUUAAAACGGCCGGGAUUCGCUGAGCAAGGAUCUCUGGCCCCGCCCCUAUACCCCGCCCCCUCGGCCCGCCACCCCUCCUCCCUCUGAAUAUACAGGAGUAAUCAUGUAAACGCCACUGGUCGUCAUGGUGACAGAGAUGCAAUCCAUGUAGAUGAAGAAAAAAAUGAAAGAAAUACUCAGAAAGCAAUAAUUCAACCAUCCCUCCCUCCCUCCCUCCCUCCCUGCCUCCCUCCCUGUCUCCCUGUCACCCCCCUCCCAGUCCCCCUCCGUCCCUCCCUCUCUCCCUCCCUCCCUGUCUCCCUCCCUCCCUGUCUCCCUCCCUACCCCCUUUCCACCCGACCAUCCAUGUACAUUUGAUUUGUAUUUUCUUUGUAUCAUUUCUUGCUUGUCUAGUGAGAUUUUAUAUUUGUCUACGAGAAGAAGAAGAAGAAGAAGAAGAAGAAGAAGAAGAAAAAUGUAAAAAACCUGAAUCAUUCCGGCUCGCGGUUCGCCGGAGCAGGAGCCGGGCGAGAGAGAGACUGUUAGUUUUCUAUCGGAGGCCAUUUUGCUUUGUAGCCCCUGACCCCAGUAGAUGUUUGAUGGAGUGCUCCAUGGUCACGACGGUAUAACCUGCCCUCGGGCCCGCUGACCCCUGACCCCUCCCAUGGAGUGUGACGUCACACUGCCAACUCUGUGUUCAAUGUUUUUAGACUGUUAAAAUUAAAUUGUGUACAUGAAGGAAGAAAAAAAGAGAACCAGUACCAUAACAUAUGGAAAGUAAGAUGUUUUUUUGUUACUUUGUGGUUUUGUUUUUUAAAAACACAUCUCACCGUAUCACGGUCUGAGGAUUUACUGUAAUGACAAAAAAAAAACAAUGUUUUGUUGGUCAAGUUUUCACAUGUUCGCUAGCAAAUUGUCCCCAAAAAAUAAGUACAAUAAAGAUUCCAAUCGAACGACGA